GGAACGAAGGAAAAGCGAAAAGCGAAAAGGAAGGAAAGGAAGGUUUGAAAGACGGUCGAAAGGAAAGGUAAGCGAUAACGGCAAGUGGCCGUGCGAGAUGCAUUCCAGAUGGACGAUGACGCCGCACAGUCUGUAAGACUUGCGUGGUUUCCACACUGUAUCACGCUUACCCGUGAUUGUCGUGUCAGGACGUAUCGACGGUCGUCGGCUGGGUUAUGACGCGCGCUUAACGCGCUGCGUGCACGAGUAGAAGCGAGCGUGUGUCCGUCGCGUACAACAUGGAGUCCGGCACGGCGACUGACUGGCCGUCGCCGAAAAACGGCUCCUCCGAGGCCGAGGCGUUGACGCUGAAAAAAUGUCGCGUUUGGCCGAUGCUCGCCCUCUGUAUUACCUGUUUAGCCGUGUCCGGUUUGCUCGUGUACAGGGAACUCAGUUUGGAAUCGAGGAUCGCCAAUUUGGAAGCUCGUUUAGAACAUCAAGAGAUACCGGGUGUCCUGUUCCAGAGGCUCAAGAAGGAGGUUCAGAAGCAGCUCGAGUUGUACCGGCACUCGACGGAGUCGAACAACUUUCGAAUCAAAAGAGAAACACCCGAAUGCAAUUGUCCACCAGGUCCACCCGGGAAACGAGGUCCUGCUGGACAAAGAGGGAAAAAAGGAAAGAAAGGAGACGCCGGGGAAGUAGGCCCUCAGGGCGUGGCCGGGGCGCCGGGCAAGAACGGUUUUCCGGGACCCAUCGGGUUGGACGGACCAAAAGGUGAACCGGGAGAAAAAGGGCAGAAAGGAGAACUCGGAAGUCCAGGCUUUGACGUUUUUUCUGCAGUAAAGGUCAAUGCACAGGGAUUAGGGUUAAAGAGGUCGGUGACGACACUCCGCGGCGGGACGCUCGGCUAUGCGGAAAUCGUCGCUCUGAAGGGACUUCAGGAGCAAGGGCAUAAUAUCUCAGCGCAGACCAUCAUACAACUGAAAGGAGAACCAGGAGAACCUGGACCCCCGGGGCCACCCGGUCCUCCGGGAGCCGAAGGGCUUCCUGGACACGAAGGCAGACAAGGCUCCCCAGGCGGUGUCGGGCCACCGGGUGAGAAAGGAGCGUCAGGACCGAUUGGACCGAUUGGUCCGUCUGGAGCUCCCGGACUUCCAGGUCCCAAGGGUGACAGAGGUGAUAAAGGUGACCGAGGCUUAACGACAUCCUUGAACGGCGAACCGUUUGCGACUGGAGUGUUCGAAGGACCGCCCGGUCCACCAGGACCACCUGGGCCCCAGGGCGAGAAGGGGGAGCUGGGCCCGACGGGACCACCCGGUCUGCCGGGAGACAAAGGUGCCCGGGGAAAGCAAGGGAAGAGGGGUUUCAAGGGUGAAAGCGGUAUGGCAUUGAUGAGAGGCCCACCCGGCUUACCGGGUCCGAAAGGUGAACCCGGUGUACGGGGUUACCGUGGCGAAAAAGGCACCAAGGGAGACACAGGCUCACCAGGACCGAAAGGAGACCAAGGAUCUUCUGGUUUACCUGGUCUGAACGGAACAGAUGGAGAGGCUGGAAUCCAAGGUCCCCCAGGCUUGCCAGGUCUCGCUGGUCCAAAAGGUGAGAAAGGCGAAAAUGGAGACAUUGGGCCACCAGGUCUUAUGGGUCCACCAGGCUUACCUGGUCCUCCAGGUUAUCCUGGAGUAAAAGGUGAAAAAGGAGAGAAAGGUGAAUCGAAAUACAAGAAGCUUAGACGAAGACAGGGAGACGGUACAUUCGAAGUAAAUGCCGGCGAAGUGAUAAUGGGACCGCCGGGACCACCUGGUCCAGCUGGUACUCCUGGUCUUCAGGGUCCACCGGGUAUCAAAGGAGACCGAGGACAUGAUGGUGCCAAAGGCGAUCCUGGUGAAAAGGGUGCCAAAGGAGAUCCUGGUCCAAUGGGACUGCCCGGCCCCAUGGGACUGAGAGGAGAAUCUGGAAAACCCGGGGAUUCCGGGAAACCUGGUGUUAUGGUAAGAACGCGGACCUCUCGCUCCUAACGUCAUCGUUAAUUGGCCUCGCUGCUGAAUCAUUGAUAGCCAUUCACUAACGACCAGUGUAAUCGAUUGUCGCUUUUCCGACAAGGCGUCGUACUUCUUCGUAACCUCGGCGAGCUCCUUGAUUGCCUCUUAAAUAUGUUCUGUCGUUUAUAAAUUCACCGUGCGUGAACAAUCGUCGUUCGACAAUAGUCGGGCAACACGCAUACUAAGAUCGUAACGGAAAAGAGAGAAAAAAAGAAAAAAAGAAAAGAAAAGAAAAGAAACGAUUCGUGAGACAAACGUGCAAACAUUGCAUAUACCUCGUAGAGAUGUGUGUUCAUGUUGACGACUCACCGAAAGUUUUCAGCAUUCUAUAUAUAUAACGAGAUUCAAGAUUCAGUCAUAUCGCUAGCGUUUAUCCGAUAAGGUGUAAUUUUGCGUGAAUGAAUGUUAGUAAAUUGCAUUCGAGCUGUUAUUUUAGACCGCGAAGCGCGAACUCUUUAAGUAUCAGCUGAUGGAUUCGACAGGUUGACUGCCGUUUGUUAUCAAUCAACGGCUGCUACGAUACUUCAGGGUUGAACGACGAUAAAGAGUCAGAAUGACCGUCCGUUAUCGAGAUAACAGAUACGGUUGUGAUAUCACUCGCACGCGAUACCUGGCACUAAUGGACAAUUUUAACCGUAAGAGAAAGUUAACUUCGUCACGUAAACGAGAACAUAACGCAGAACGAAUAAGUCGCAACUAAUGUGUAUUGAUUUUACAUAAUUAAGACGAUUGUACUUACGGUAUGACAGCAAGCGUUGAGACUGAGUCAGCGAUUCUAAUAUUGAUACGGAAUAUUGGUCUCUACGUAAGUAAGUACAUCAAAGGUGACGAAUGAAACUUUUUUCUUGAUAUCUUUUUUUUUCACCGUACAUUUUAUUUUAAUAAAAAAAGUCUAUUAUACUCGUCUCGUUGAUUUUGUCUCAACAUCAACCACAUGAUACAUGAAUGGCUAUAUUGCAAGAUGUGUAUUAACAUUUUAAAGGCAACCUUAGAAACUCGUGAAAAAUAUGCAUAAAAAUUACAUCUUAUCAAAUUACCAGUCCUUCCGUUUGAUAUUGUUUGCAGUUAAAAGAAAUUGAAAGUAAUAGAGAUGAACGCAUCAUACUUUGCAAUUGUACAACCGAAAAGUUGAUGAUUCUACCAGCAACAGAAAUCAGUAAUAUAAUAUUAUAUAAAUAUUUUAUCCAUAGUAUGGUUUGGUUCAAGCCAAUUACUUAAAACAUGUACAAAUUGUUUCAAUGCAGUUAAAUCGUACUGAAAUUAAAAUUAGUUUAGAAUUGUAGUAAACUCUCAUUUGAUUUUUAUAAAAUGAUGUGGUCCAUGCAACUGAAUGAGUUUCAUAUAUCUAUUGACACAAUUAAUUGCAUUGCGGACUGAUUAUUUUAAGACUGAUAUUAUAUAUUUUUCCUUUUACUGCAAUCUUUAUUUUAUUUAUUUUUAUUGCUAAGUGAAUGUGUCUACCAUUUCUUAGUAAAAUAUCGUAACCGAGGUUCGCCUUUAUUAUAUUAUUCUAGUGUAAUAUACUUUGUACACAAUACGAUAUAAGUUGAUGAAUGAAAUAAUAAGGAGCCAACUGUGUAACGAACUAUUGUGUUAAUAGCAUUUAUUCUUAAUACAGCUGAGCAAUAUGUAAACAUACAAUAUGCACAACAAAAAUUGGUCAUCUUAUUUAUUUCCGAUAUCAUGACAUGUACAUACAUGAUAGGUACAUAUUAUAAACCAAUAUAUUUAUAAAAAAUAUUCUACAUUUUUGAAAAAUGAUUGUCAACUGAAAUAUAACUUUUAAAUUUUUUUUACGAAUUAUUAAAGUAACUACUUCGGUAUACAUAAAAAUCAAUCCAUUUAUAAAUCAAAUUUAAUUUAAUACAACAUAGUAAAUUUCAUUACAAAACACAUAUAGUAUAUUUUUUAUAAGUUCUUUUUCUCGAUGUUUUGUAAACCAUUUUUAAUAUCUUGAAUGAAAAUCUAUUUUUUUAAUAGAAAGAUAAAUUCACUUACAACUUGUUUAAGAAAUUUUUAAAUAUAGUUCAAAAAACAUUUUGUAUAAACAUACAAUUAUAAAUAUUAUAAUUGUAAAAUGUGUUCAGUUUGCCGUCCUUGACUUUGGAAGUACUUCUGAAUGACCUUACUUCCAUGAAUUUUUUUAGGUAGUAUGUUAAAAGAUAAUUUUUAUGCAGAUUUAAUUCAUUUUGACAGCAUUAAUGAAGAAGCGUCGGCGGAUUGUAAAUAAGUACAUAUUCAUUAGUAAAAACGAUAAAAAAUUCUGUUUUCUACCUCGUCUUUAGUUUUAAUAAAAAGAAAGCAUAUCUAUUUUUUAAUGCUUGCCAAGUUAGUCUAUGUGUUUGUAAGAAGAUAAUGAACCGGAAUGAUAGGAUUCUAUUAAAGGAAACUAAAAGUGAUUUUGAAAAUCAUGAAAGAAAAUGAUUGAAGCAAAAUGUUCUAUGGAUAUUUCGUAUGAGUUAUUAGCUCUCUUGAUUAUAAAAAAAAUUGUUUAAAAUAUUCAGUUGGUCCAAUAUGAACAGAAGUAAUUGAAAUGAUUCAUAGGUUGUAUUAUUCACUCUGUAAUCUACUUGUAUAGUGUUUAAUUAUAAGUUUUCAUAUUACAAAAAUAGCUAAAACUUAGAGAUCUAUCCUGGAAUUAGUUGAUCUGAAUGGUAUUUGAAUGUUCACAGAUUUCGUUGUGAAAUAUACAAAUAAUUAAUUAUAACCAGAAAUCAUAUUUGAAUUAUAAUUAAAUAAAAUCGUAAAUAAUAUUCUGUUCCAGGAAGAUUUUAUAUUAUAUUUAAGAAGUUCAAGAACAGUUUAAGAAGUUUUAGAUAAGUCUGCUUUAUUAGUUAAACAGAAGUGUUUCUCAUUCGCUUUAAAAAUUUACUAAAACAUAUUUUCUCUUCAUUUUUUAAUGUAGAAACAUUUUCUUUUCGGUUGUACUUUUCGUGAAAUAUCUUCUGUAUUUAAUCGACAUCGUAUAGAUAACAUCAGAUGAUUUUUGUACCAGGCGAAGGUGUGUAUCCAUCCGAGUGUUAACAUUUGUAUGCAUAUAUUAAUACAUAUAUAUGUGUGUGCUUUAAUGUUACAUUCUAUGUAACAUCAUUUAAAUUGUUUGGUUCUAGAAUUUAUUAUGACCUUUUUUUUCUAUCAUUUCCAUUAUCACGUUUCGUUAAUCGCUGUAACGAGUGUUGCUUUUAAUAACUUCUCCACUAAUAAUGUUCUUAAAUUGCAGUUAAAAUUCUUUUGUUAAGAAUCUUAUGUUUUAUGUUAAAAGAUGUAUCAAUUUUUGUUAGAUUUAAAGGGAAAAUUUAAAAACUAACAAAUAAAGUCAAUAAAAAGGGGCAAGGGUUUCGAAUAUUUUAUAGACAUUAAGGAAAUAAAUAAAAAAACAGAAUCAUCGUUAUGAUGACUAUGAUUAUUAUGAUUAAUAUAAUAGCGAUGUUUACUUCGUUAUAUGCGUAGUAAAUGUUUACAGACUUUCAUAAAGUCAUAUUUUCCGUACAUUUGUAUUUUAAUUUUAAUUAAAAAAUUCAUGAAUGUCCAUAAAAUGUACAACAGCCUUGCUUCUUAUGUUAAGUAAUUAAAUAUUGUCUAGGACCUAACCCAGACAUCUAUGAUUAAUUAUUAUAUUUCGAUGAAUCUUAAGUUCGUUAAAAAUUUUAAUGAAAAAAUUGUCUGACUUGCAUUGAUAUCGGCCGAUAUCAAAAUAUUUAAGUAAACGUUGAUUUGAGAAAAUGUCACUGCACUCUCUAAUUAUCCUAUUAAUCAAAAUCUUGUUACACCGCAACGAAACGUACGAGCGUGAGUCAAUAAAUUACCAGCCUUCACGCCUCCAGAAAAAUAGCAGACUUUCUCUUAUUGUCAACGUAAACUUUGUCACUUCUGCUUGAAAUAUAAUGUACCAUUCAAUAAUUUCAGGCAAGAUCAAUAUAACAGAUGACAGAGUUUUUCUGCAGAAGCCUUGUGGAGUACUUUUAAUUUUCAUGUUUUCAAUUCAAGUUUUCAUAUGCACAUUGAAAAUUAACAUAAAGGUACUUAACUUCAACACAAUAUAGAUGGUACUAAUUGAACCUAACUAAGACCUGCGAAAACAUUUUUCUAACAUCCAUAGACACUGGCAGUGAUGAAAGGAUUAAUCAGUUUAAUAUCCUGUAAUAUGUAUUAUUGCCAUGCGAUAUAAUUAUAACUAUUUAUAUACUUAUUAUAUUUAUAUCUUUCAGGGGAAAAGGGGCAGGUAAUAUACUCAUUGACUGACACUCGUAAACAUUAAUAAGCAUUUUACAAUGCUGACAGAACUUAUACUGUUUCAGUGAGACAAAGUAAAUCUUUCAAACACUAGAUCCCAUUUGAACUUCAUAACUCUACAAAUUAUUGAUUUAUUAUCGAAAACAAAUUAAUUUUCUAUAAUAGAAGUAUAGCAAAAGUUCUGUAAGACAAUAUGACGUACUUAAGUAAUUUCAAAUCUGUACAUUUUUCGUUAACGAAGUAUAUCAUUUUAUUUUUCUCGGAGAGCAUAUUUUCAAUUAAAUUUCUAUUAAGCAUCGGGUCAUCUCAUACGUAAAUUUGCUAUUUUACGUUAAUUGUUAACCUUCAUCCGCCCCUUAAAAACAAUUACAGCAAAAAUUAAUCUCGAUUUGUGUCGAAAGAGACCCUAGGGCCAGAUCAAGGUUAAUGUAAAAUACGAAUAUCCAGAUUUAUUUAUAAUUGCCAACGUAUUGACCGUUGUUUCCUACGAUCGUUUUCGACCUGUCGGAUAAUCUUAAAAUUCGCUUUUCAAAAAAUCAACGUGUCGAAUUAAGAACUCAUUCGAUGGCAAUUUCAAGCGUUCAUCGUAGCCAUCAAAUUCUUAAUUGGUUUAAAAAUAUUAUCGGUAUCCACUGCAAAUCAUCAUUCGGUUUUUAAUACGUUGAAGUACUAAAUACAGAUUGGUAGAUUGGUUCAAGGAAUCAAGUCUGAUUGUGAGACACAGUAUUAGUAGUAGUGGUGGCAAAUAUGUUCAGUGAUGUACGAUACGUAUCAGCAUCUGUGACUGCAAGUGAACGAAUACCCUUAUUUGCGAGCCUAGUUGUGCUUGCAGUACACAGAAUGCCGCUCGCUCGCUCGCUUUCAUUCGGUCGAGUACGAGGAACAUUGAAUUGUACAGUGUAGAAUAAUAUCGGCGUCGUGAAACGCGGCGUUAACUAUGUUUCAUUUGUCUCGAACGAGAGAUAUCUCCCUUUUCCCUGUUUAUACCCUAAUCUAAAGAAAACGUAGAUUAAUGCGAAUAGUUUUAAUAAGAUAACAGGAUAAGUGAAAGUGCGGAGCUUUUCGUAUAAUUGAAGCUCUUUAGUUAUAACGUUUAUGCGAGUAAAGCAUACAUUAUAUUUGUGAACGUGCACGCAGUACAUGGAUAGUCAUCCAUAACACAUGGUCAUACAUGGAUUAAUGAAAAAUAAACGAAAAACAAUUGAUCGGUACAUAAUGUGCGUGUAUAAUUUGUGUAUACGUGUGUGUAUAUAUAUACACAGUGAUGCCCAGUUAAAUUUUAAAGCAGUCUGCUCGGUUAAAUUUUAACGAACCAUCCUCACUCUUCCCCACUACUCGCUGUCUCGAGCUCAGUGUAAUGUGAUCCCAGUAGACAGGGACAGAAAAUGAAUACAAUGAGCAUAAGGGAAACAGGCACACAUAAGGUGCCGGUACAGCAAUCGUGCAGUGAUGAAAAUUUCAGUUUUAGUAAUUUGAAUCCUACCUUUUCAAAUGUAGUAUCAGUGAUUUAUUGAGAUUCUCCUGAUUAAAAUGAGUCCAAACAUAAUGUAAAUCGGUCUAGUUUUAUCGAUUUGGGAUAAAUGAACCUUUAAUUUCGUUAAUUACAAAGUCGGUAAAAUUUUUCAGUUCAAUUUACGUCGUGUUUGGGCUCAUUUUUAUCAAAAAAAUGUCAACAAUCCAUUGGUACCACAUUUGAGAAGGUAAGGUUAAAAUCACUGCAGCUGAAAUUUUCUUCGUGGUAUGUUUAUAUCUGACGCGUGUGGCAUCACUUUGAAGCCCCCCGUCUCGACCCUCGAUGCUCCACAGACUGUUUAUCCCGCUUCUGCUCACUAUAUCGAUUCUCUGUCUUUGUCAGAGAUAGCUACUCUACUCGCGAGAAUUGUAAUGCUGAGUUGUGACAUUUUAAAAUUGAACCGAGCAUCACUGUAUAUAGAACAUAUACAUAUAUACACGCGUAGGUGGAUGUGUGUGUACACAUAUAUAUACAUGCAUGAUACUAAACAAGCAUAAAGGUAUGCGGAACAGCAUAUGGAUUUAUUUCGUGCGUGCGUAUGUGUGAAUUGAUUGUAAAACGGCGCGCUUGGUAAUUAACGAGAGAAAAUUGCAGAGAAGAAUACGACGGCGUAAUUGCGUAUAUGAAUACUCUGAGUCUAACAAUUUUGUUUUACAUUGUCCCAAUUAAUAAACAGAAUGUGCAUGUGCCUGUAUCCUUUGCUUCUAUACGAUGCCCUUCAAAAUUCAACGCUUCACAUAUCUUGUAGUGGACAUACCGCUUUGCAUUUUGCCUUAGGCUGCGAUCCGACGAUCAUUUGUUUAACUAUACUGUUACUACAAACCCUCUUUAUAUUUCUUCUUCGUUUUAACCACGAGUCUGCUCCUCUCGCGAACAAUCGAUU